AUGCGUGAGGGACUGGGAAAGUGGCAAGGAGCUUCCGAUUCCUGUAUGAAGCUUCUCGUGGGACAGUGGGAGCAUAUGGCUGCGAAAUUCAAAUCUUAUCCUACCGGUGAAGAUGUAAUGGAUGUAUACGCUUCUACAUUAGUAGCUGGAGUCCGAUUUGCCGAGUCGGAUGGAAUUCAUUGUGUUACUGCAAGUGGAGCAUACGAGGCGUGA